AUGCUGCAGUGGCAGCGGGGCUUGCCUGGGGGCUUGCAGCUAGCCGAAGAGACUCUUUUAUGCUUUACAGAUGCCAAGCAUUGUAAGUGGGCAGUGAUUGUCAUGAGCUUUGAGGAGGGGCACACUGUGGAAGACAUGGUCGAUGUCCUGCGCCAGAACAGGGGGGAUGACCUGCUGGAGAUUUUUGCCUGCGAUGUGGCCUACCCCACCAUGCAGGCGUUGGCGGAUUUGCAUGAGGCAGGCCUUGCGCACUGCGAUUGGAAGCCGGCCAACCUUGUGCUGCACAGGCAACCGGGCGGCAACGUUCUCUGCAAGCCGAUCGAUUUUGGCUUUGCUCGCAUCUGCAGAGGUGAGCCGCAGUAUUACUACAGAGGCACAGAGACAUUUCUGAGCCCAGAGCUGCUAGAAAACCGGUGGCAGCUGCUGUUGAAGCAGAAGAUAUCUACGGCUGUCAAUCCACACAGUGCUGAUGUGUACGCCAAUGGUGUCAUGCUCACCAUUCUGCUGAGGUCAGCGCUGCGUCAGGAGUUAUUUGCGCAAUUCUUGUUUGAGCCCCCGCCCUGGUAUGAGGGUCUUUUGGAGCGUCAGAGGGUGGAUGCACACCUGGCCGGCUAUAGGCGGGCGCUGCAGUACCGGUAUGAAAAGUGGUCGCCCCUGGCUUUUCUCAGCAACUUCCGCCUGCCGGCCGACUGCCAGGAUUUUUUGAUGCAUCAGUUAGUGCCGCAGUCUGAGCGCGCAACUGCAGCAGAACUUAUUUCUCACCCCUUCUUGAAGCGCAUGGCCGCGCGGCGGAGGAGCAUGCAGAAGAAGGCUGAGAACGGCGUUAGGGAGGUAGCAUGCAAUUGGUUGGACGCUAGCGGACCGGCUGCUGCGCCAGUUCAGGAAGCUAUGUACUGUCGAGAGGGAGUCUCGGUGCAAGAGAUGGGCCGUGUUGCGUUGCCUGCGUGA